AUGUCAAUCCCCUACUCCACCGGCCAGCCCGCCAACCCCCCUCCUCCUCCCUCCUCCCACCAGAACCUCUCAAACGGCGUCGGCGCCCUCACAAACCACGUCCACCCCCCUUCCCCCACAGUCACCAUCACGCUCUCCCACCUCCCCAGUCUCGGAACCACCUCCCCGACACCACAGGCACCAAACCCCCUCACACGCCCCUCAGGCUUCACACCGGCAACAACCGGGCAACAUCACUCACAGCCGCGCGCCAUGGCUGGGGCACCGAUAGCGGUUUCUUUCGCGAGAAGAAUUGGCGAGAUGGAUGACCCGACAGCGGUUUAUAUGCGGGAACUCAUUGAGAGUGUUGAGACGGCGAGGAUUGGUUGA